CCUCAACUUUUCUAAGUUAAAGAUAACCUGUUCUUUCUUUAGCUUAUCCACCAUGAAGACAAAUAAGACGUAUAAACUGGUGCUCCACAAGAAAGGUUUUGGAGGAAGUGACGAUGAGCUUGUCGUCAAUCCAAAAAUCUUCCCACAAGUCAACCUGGGCGACAUCAUUGAGAUUGCUCACCCAACAGAUGAGUACAGUCCUCUGCUGCUGCAGGUGAAGAGCCUAAAAGAUGAUCUUCAGAAAGAGACCAUCAGCGUGGAUCAGACUGUAGCGCAGGCGUUCAAGCUUCGUGCUUACCAGGAUGUUAUCGUAAACAUUGUCGACCCAAAGGAUGUUACACUGGACUUGGUGGAGCUGACAUUUAAAGACCAGUACAUUGGAAGAGGAGACAUGUGGAGGCUGAAGAAGAGUCUGGUGAGCACCUGUGCUUAUGUGACUCAGAAGGUGGAGUUUGCAGGAAUCAGAGCGCAGGCCAGCGAAUUAUGGGUGAAAGGAGAAAAAGUGACUUGUGGCUACAUUAGUGAGGACACCAGAGUGGUUUUUAGAUCAACCUCUGCCAUGGUUUACAUCUUCAUCCAGAUGAGCUGUGAGAUGUGGGACUUCGAUAUAUACGGAGAUCUGUACUUUGAAAAAGCCGUCAAUGGAUUCCUGUCUGAUCUGUUUACUAAAUGGAAGGAGAAGAACUGCAGCCAUGAAGUGACCGUCGUGCUUUUUUCACGCACAUUUUAUAACGCCAAAACUUUGGAGGAGUUUCCUGAAAUUGUGAGAGGAUCCAUGAGACAGAACCACGAGGGACGCUAUUAUGAAGACUUCUACAGGGUCGUUGCUCAGAAUGAGAGACGGGACGAGUGGACGUCUCUACUGGUCACCAUCAAGAAACUCUUCAUCCAGUACCCUGUUCUGGUGCGACUUAAAGAAGCAGAUGGUUUUCCUGUGGGCUAUAAUUCCACUGCUGUCCAGGGAAACUACCUGGAGGCUAUCAAUCUUUCCUUUAACGUGUUUGACAAGCACUACAUCAACCGUAACUUUGACCGCACCGGCCAGAUGUCCGUGGUCAUCACUCCUGGGGUGGGAGUGUUUGAAGUGGACCGUCUGCUCAUGAUUCUCACUAAACAGCGAAUGAUCGAUAACGGCAUCGGUGUGGACCUGGUGUGUAUGGGGGAGCAGCCGCUGCACGCUGUGCCGUUGUUUAAGCUGCAAAACAAGGCGACAGCCAGAGACUCGCGUGCUGGAGAUGACUACAACCUUCCACACUGGAUCAACCACAGCUUCUAUCCGUCCAAAAGCCAGAGUUCCUGUAACUCGUUUACUCCUCGGAUCAAGCUGGCUGGGCGGAAGCCUCAAGGAGAAACCCUGAAGAGCAGCAGAGACCACUCUCUGUGUUCACCUAAAGACUCGGAGAACAGCCUCCCUAUACAGGUAGACUACGAUGCCUAUGAUGCUCAGGUGUUCCGCCUUCCGGGUCCGUCCAGAAUUCAGAGGAGUACCAACUUCAGGAUUGGCCGAGACAAAGAGACGAGUGGGAGGAAGAGCUGGGGUUCUGUUGACAUCAGCACAGGCAUCGGUAUAUCUCCUCCGGUUCGUUCAGGUGGAGCGGAGGAACAGCAGAGCCUUGCCUCCGAUGACAGUCUGGAGCCCGUGUCCAACAUGCUGCUCAUACCACGGGGCCCUCCGGCCCAGUAUGAAGUCAGCAGCUCUCUGGGAUACACCAGCACCAGAGACUUGUUGGAGAAGAUGAUGGACUCUCAGCGGGACUCCAGCGCUCCUGGUCGUUUCACAGUGGGCAGCGCUGAGUCCACUCUGCAUAUCCGUCCUGGAGGUUACACCCCUCAGCGAGCACUUAUAAACCCCUUCACACCCUCCAGGAUGCCUAUGAAGCUCACCUCCAACCGCCGGCGCUGGAUGCACACCUUCCCCAUCGGCCCUUCUGGAGAGGCUAUCCAAAUCCAUCACCAGACCAGACAGAACAUGGCAGAACUACAAGGCAGCCAGCAGAAAGAUCCUACUCAUACCUCUGCUGAGCUACUGGAGCUGGCUUAUCACGAGGCCACAGGAAGGCGAACAACCUCCAAGCAAGCAGGUGAUAACAGCCUUUAUCCCUGCGGAGGGCCGGAGGAGUUCACUGGAAGUCCAGGGAGCAACAACAGCAAUGGAGCUCUGAGCAACAGUAGCCCCGCGUUUCAAGACUUCUCCAGCAGCGGUGCAGAUCCAACCCUGCUGCUGUCUGCACCCCCGACAGUGCCCAGCUUCUGCUGCACGGUGGGAGUGGACUGGAAGUCCCUGACCACACCGGCCUGUCUCCCUCUCACCACCGACUACUUCCCUGACCGCCAGACGCUGCAGAACGACUACACCGAAGGCUGCUACGACCUUCUGCCGCACAGUGACCUAGAAAGACGAGAAGAUGACUCUCCAGUGAUGACGGCGUCUCAGGUGUUUGAAGAGUUUAUCUGUCAGAGGUUAAUGCAAGGAUAUCAGAUCAUCGUCCAAACAAAGAACAGAAAACCUCCACCUGUAGUGGCCACGCCCCUUGGCAGUAGUCCUAUGUAUACCAGAGGUCUGGUGUCUUUGCGUCGAGCAGAAGAGGAGGAGACGGUCUACUGGCUCAGCAUGGGCCGCACCUUCCAUAAAGUCUGCCUCAGAGACAAGAUCAUCACUGUGACCCGCUACCUGCCAAAGUAUCCGUAUGAAUCUGCUCAGAUCCAGUACAGCUACAGUCUGUGUCCUCCUCACUCAGACGCUCAGUUUGUCUCUUGCUGGGUGGAGUUUGGACAUGAGCGACUGGAGGAAUACAAGUGGAACUACCUGGACCAGUAUAUCUGUUCUGCCGGCUCUGAGGACUUCAGCCUGAUCGACUCUCUGAAGUUCUGGAGGACGCGCUUCCUUCUGCUUCCCGCUGGAGGGGCUCGGCGGGUGGCGGAUGGUGAGGGGCACUGGGACGUGUACGGGGAGGGAGCGGGUGCUGGGAUGGGCGGAUGUGGGGACUGGGUCCUGCUGGACGGCUUCAUUCGCUUUCUGGAGGGCCUCAACCGCAUACGACGGCGGCAUCGCUCUGACAGGAUCAUCAGGCAGAAAGGAACGCCAAUGAAAGGACUACAGGUCACCAGUCCUGUUCUACCUUACGCAGCUGAGCCUGUAGCGCCUCCACAAGGAAAGAGGGGCACAUCAGCUUUGACUGCUUUGCUGGAGAUGGAGCAGAACCAGAAGACACUAGAGGAGCUGCAGCAGCAGACCAAACCCUCCUCCGCUGCGGCCGAUACGUCUGCUGUUGCCGCCGCUGUAGACAGCCCCCGUAAGGACGCUGCCUUUAUUUUGGAUUUUAUUCGUAGCCCUCGCUCCUCCUACAUCUAUCAUUCUCAGCUUCCUGUGGAAACCACUGAGCCGGCAGAGAAGGGCGUACAGCCGGGACAGACAGCAGGAGCACCACUGCCUGCGGGGGAAACGGCAAACUCUGAUGCCAGUGGGCAGUCUGCUGCCGGGGCUCUCUCUCUGUCCUCCUCAUCAACGCUAAUGGAGAUCCUCGAGGCCAUCAAGCAUCCCACAACCGGUGUGCAGAUUCUUCCUGAACAGAAAGGCCUCCCACUCAACUGCUUCAUAAGCGCCGAAGUGGUUCACUGGCUGGUCAACAACGUGGAGGGCGUGGCCACUCAGGGGAUGGCUGUGGAUAUAAUGCAGAAAAUGCUGGAUGAAGGUGUGGUGGCCCAUGCUUCAGGAGACGCCAUGCGUACCUUCGUCUACGGCUUCUACUUCUACCGGAUCGUAGGAGAAAAAGAUGGCCAGACCUCCCAGCUUCAGGCUCCAGCCGCUGGUGGCUGGUCGACUGCAGCCGUGGAGGAUUUUGCUCUUUUCCAGAGGAAGUGGUUUGAGGUGGCCUUUGUGUUGGAGGAGCGACGGCCCUGCGACCUCCCGGCCUUCCUCCUUCCCUGGCUCCCCAGCCGGCCAGCCUCCUAUGCAAGUAGGCACAGCUCCUUCAGCCGCAGCUUUGGGGGACGCAGCCAGGCCGCCGCACUGUUAGCGGCUACGGUCCCGGAGCAGAAGACGGUCACCCUGGAUGUGGACGUCAACAACCGCAGCGACCGAACCGAGUGGUGCAGCUGUUAUUACCAUGGCAACUUCUCUCUUAAUGCUGCCUUUGAGAUCAAGCUCCACUGGAUGGCCGUCACAGCUGCAGUGCUGUUUGAGAUGGUGCAAGGCUGGCACAGGAAAGCAGCCUCCUGUGGCUUCCUGCUGGUUCCUGUUCUAGAGUUUCCUUUCGCGCUGACAUCCUAUCUGUACGGAGACCCGCUGAGAGCCCAGCUCUUCAUCCCUCUGAACAUCCAGUGUCUGCUGAAGAACGGCAGCGACAACCUGUUUGAAGGUUUUGAACCAGAGACGUACUGGGACAGGAUGCAACUCUUCCAGGAAGCCAUCCUCUACAGGUUCGGCUUCGUGCACGACAAGUUUUCUGCCUCGUCUUUCAAUUUCCCCGCAGAGAACAAGCCUCAGUACAUCCAUGUUACAGGGACGGUGUUCCUACAGCUGCCGUACUCCAAGAGGAAGUAUUCAGGCGGGCAGACUCGGCGCCGCAGGAACUCCACUACUUCCAACAGCCAGAGCCCGUUCGGCGGCGAGGAGAGGGUGGGCUUUUACUGGGCCUACAACACAAUGCUGACCAAAGCCUGGAGGACGGGGGUGCUGGGGGAUGAAAGGCUGGCCGACCGCCUGCUCAGGGACCUGACCGACUUCUGCUCCAACAAGGACAACAGACUACAGAGCUUCUGGGACAGCUGCCAGGAGAAAAUGAACUCCAGCGCCCCCUGAAAGAACCAAUGUUCACGCUUCGACUUGCAGACUGAAAAUAACUGAGAUGAAUAUUUAAUUUUACCGUUUCUGGAGAUGAAGGAACCACGGCGGGGUGGGUGGAUGACCCGGUCAACAGCAGAGGUUCUGGUUUGUUCCAGCUGCAAACAAACCGCUUAUUUAAACUGAAUCAUUUCUUUUGGUUUUAUUUCAUUUGGCCAAAAGUUUGGAGACGCUGAAAGUAUUAAAAACAUUUUUCACAUCA